UUUUCUUGUUGCUGCUGGCGUAACUGGGAUUGACUGUGGUCCUCUGGAGUAGCAGCGUGGAUUAAUUGAAUGAGAGGUGCACUGUGAGAGCGCAGAGAGCGAACAGCUGGAUGCAGGUUGGAUUUAACAGACAGCGGUGCUGCAGAUUGACCCGCCCGGCCUGCCGUCGUUGCUCAUCGCUCCAUCUCCUCUGUUUCUAUCGGAUCGGAGGAUGCGACGGGCCCGUCCAUCAGCUACUGUUCUGCUUUCAGAUGCAUGGAGCUUUAUCGUCAACACCGAAAAAUACAUUGAGAUAAUUGGGAUCAUAUAGGCAGAGUAAGAGGGACUAAGAAGGCGUCGUGAAGGCAGGCAGGCAGCAUCCCUGUGUCGAGUCUCCUCCAUCAUUUCUCAGAGAGGCCUGUCUGUUGGUGUGAUGGCUGUGUUUUUGGUGCUUCCUCUCUGCGUGCUCCUCCUGUCCCUACACACUCCUUGUCGAGCGUCUCCUUCCUGCCCUGUGAGCUGCCGCUGCUACAGCCUCACCGUGGAGUGUGGUUCCACCAGCCUGAGGGACAUCCCCAAACACGUCCCUCCAUCCACACAGACCAUCUUCCUCCAGGACAAUGUGAUUGGUCAGAUCCGUCGACAGGAUCUCAUUCCACUGAGGCACCUGCACUACUUGUACCUGCAGAACAACACCAUCUCAGCAGUAGAGCCUGGCUCUUUCCAGAACCAGGGUCAGUUGUUGGAGCUGGCUCUGAAUGGGAACCGGGUCCACCUUGUGACAGCUGACAUGUUUCAGGGACUUGAACACCUCCGCAUUCUUUACCUGGCAGGAAAUGACAUCACACGCCUCCUGGACUACACCUUCCGUGGCUUACAGCGUCUGCAGGAGCUCCAUCUGCAACACAACAGUAUAGAGAUGUUGGCAGACCAGGCUCUAGUUGGUUUAACUUCUCUGGCUCUGCUGGACCUGAGCAGGAACAAUCUUCACACCAUUGGCCCUGCAUCCCUGCGACCUCUGGUCAGCCUGCAAGUACUGCGCAUCACAGACAAUCCAUGGCGUUGUGACUGUGCGCUUCACUGGCUGAGGAGCUGGAUUGAUGAGGAAGGCCAGCGGUUGCUCAGCUCUGCAGAACGUCGACUGGUCUGCACCGAGCCUCCGCGCCUUUCCCAUCUCAGCCUGGUGGAGGUCCCACUCAACAGCUUGGUGUGUAUCCCUCCCCUGGUUCAGCUGGAGCCCAGGAGGUUAGCUGUGCGCCUGGGUGAGAGCCUCAGGGUGUCCUGCCAUGCCUCUGGUUACCCUCGGCCACAGGUGACCUGGAAGAAGGCGUCCCAGGGUAAAGUGGUGCUUUCUCCUAGAGGCCUGGUUCAGGAGCUGGGUGCUGGAGGAGGUGGAAUGGGCGGAGCCGAGGCGCCCUCAGAGGAAGGCAGAGUCAGUCUGCAGAAGACUGAAGGCGAGCGAUUUGACCCUGACACCGGCAGCGGCAUGCUGUUUCUCAGUAAUGUGACUGUGGCUCAUGCAGGUUUCUAUGAAUGCGAAGCCUGGAACGCGGGGGGUGUGGCCAGAGUGACCUUUCAGCUCGCCAUCAACUCAUCCACUUCCUCUUCCUCCUCUUCCUCCUCGAUCUGGGCCUCGUGGUCCCAAGUGUCGUCGCCGUACUCCCCUGCCUGGCCCAGACUGCGGAGCCACGGUCCUGCUAUGGGCUCAGAUGUGAGCCGGGAGCCUCUGUACGCUCUGGGCAGCAUGGCCUUCAGCGCUCUGGGAGCUGCCACUCAAACUGCCAUCGCCGUGGGCAUCUCCCUGCUGGCUCUUACUGCUCUGCUGCUGGUCGCCAUGAUCUACAGCCGACAUCACCAAAGGGAGAAGGAAGCUGACGGUGCUGAGAAGGAGGAGAGCAUCCUGUAUGUGAAUGACUACUCUGAUGGCCCCACCACCUUCGCCCAGCUGGAGGAGUACCGUGACGAGCGAGGCCAUGAGAUGUACGUCCUCAACAGGGCCAAGCCUGUGUUGCCCCCUGCUCCCCCCACAGCCGUCUCCACCACUAACCUGGGCUGCCCCGCUCCAUCUGACACCUCCAGCCACACCCUCUCCUCAGGGGCAGGCAAGACCAUGAGUCCCACUUUGGUCCCCAACAAAAAGCUGCAACAGCAGCAGGAGGGCGACAUACGGACCAUGAGGAGAAUGGCGGGGGAGGGAGGGGAAGCGGAGCCUGUGAUCACAUCAGAGGCAGAAGGGAUGUUUCUUAACCACACAGGCCUGUUCAUGGACUCUCAGAUUGCCUAUGAGAUCCACUGCUGAAGAGGUAGAGAGUCCACUGGAGACCACACAGAGGGUUUGCGUGGGUCUGUCACAUUAUCUAAGGAAAGUCAGGAUCACUGUUGGAAUCUACAGUAACUGACAGAAGUACACAUCCCUGUGGAAGGAUUUCAUUUCUACUGAUUCUACUGCUCAUCCACAGUAAUGGACUCUUCCUGGAGAAGAUUUACAUACCUGACACAGCUAAAAAAAACAGCAAUUGAGACUUUUUAGUGGACAUACUGUGAUCUUGCACACCAAAACAACAGCAGUGAGUUAGUUGGUGAGUAGAUCGCCUUUCAGAGGACCUCCGCUCAAAGUCAAAUUGAAUUGGACUCUGGUAUAUAUUGAACUGCACAAAACUGAACUGUACAUGAACAUCUUGGUCAGCAUUAUCAGAGCUACUUUCAUCUGGGCUGUGCAAGAGUUAACAUCUGUCCUCUCAAGAACUCUGCGGCUCGUGGUUGCAGGGUGUGUAUAACAUGAGCAUGUAAGAACCAUAGUGUGUUUUAUUACUGUUAUUAAUGUCUGGACAUGUUUCAAUUUAAUCUUAGACUGUGCAGGCUGUUGACUACCUGAAGGCAGUACAGUGAGGGUGGAACAGCAGCAGCUGAAUUUUGUCAUUAUUUAUUUAAAAGUUUAGGAACAUGCUAAAUCAUCACAGGGAGAGGAUCUGAAAGAGAAAUUCUUAGUCAUGAUGUGGGUUAAUAAAUUAAUCUCACAUCAUGAAACUAUUAAACACGGUGGAGCUGUUGCAGUAGCAGAAAGUAUUCAGCAAGGUGAACAAUAUAAAAUAUGACCACACAACUGAAACAGAAUGAGGACCUAUAGAAAGAAAUAUAUUUUAAAUAUAAAAGUGGGGUCAAGAUAAACUGUUGGGAUGGCUAAAAAUGACUUUGACUUUGAGAGCUCGAUGCGCUACAAAUUAAAAACCAGAAUUACUGAUAGAAUGGAAGGAUAGUCCCGCUACAUAAUCCAGUCACAGCUGUCGCCGGUAAGGAAGCAUAAAAACAUAUGCUAAUAGUAGACAAACCAACACAUAGCUGCAAAUACAGAAAACAGAGUAAAUAAAGACGUGUUGAGGCACCCGUAUGGAGACACCAUUUGUUUUGGAUCUCACUGUUCAAAAAGGGUGUUAAAAUGGCCCAGAAGUAAGUAAGUGUCAAAUAUAAUUGUAAGUUGUAAACAUUAAAUAAUGUAUUUUCCUUUGCAUUAAAUUACCUCACGCCAUCACUCUGUAAAAAAAGAGAAAGGAUUUAGAGCCAAUUUAACUAAUUCAGUCUCCUAAAAGUAUACUAAGCUAUCAAUUUGGAACUCUGAUUAAGAAUAACUUAACAACUAUAACCAAAACGACCAUCAAUAUUUCGUAAAAGUUAAUGAAAUUUGGAGUCAUUUGCAUUGAAGAGGUUGGCACUAUUCAGUCUUGUACAACAUUAAAUAGACAGCAUGUAUAAUUCCAAAAAAGCAUUUUUCAAAAAGAAACCAAAGCACACAAUACAUAUAUUAAGAUGUGACUAUAUACAUGUGUGAAUGUGCGUGUAUGUGUGAGAGAGAGAGGCUGUGUUAGUGUGCAAGUGGAGAAAAACAGAAUUACUAAACUACAGAGAUAACCAAUAAAGACGACGGAGUGAGGGAAAUAGGUUUUUCUGCUUGGACAUGUGUUGAGGUCAGAACAAAGAGGAUUCUUGGGCAGCAACUUUUCCCUACCAAAUGUGCAUGUCAAUGAUAAAUCAACUCAGAAUAUAUGUAUGUGAUCUAGUGGUGCCGGGAUAGAAAGUCCUUGCAGGGUUAGCAGCUGGGAGCUAAAUAGCUUUGAUGCUCCUGUUUCUACUAGAGUUAGAUUUCAGGCUUUGUCACAGCUGCCUGUGCUAAGUGGUUUACUAGGUAAACAGUAUGUUAAGUAACCAAGAAUCUUUAGACAGGCAAUUGUCUCCUCUGUCACGAGGUAAAGGUUUGUGUAAGUCUUCUCUGUUAGCAGGCUACAUGGAAAGCAAUGCUUGCUGUUUGAUGGCAAGGUUCCCACCCUGCACUGUGGGAUUUCCAGCAGAAAGAGUCCAGUAGAGAAGAGAGACACCAAUGGGAGGUUUCCCCUUUUCCAAAUGUUCAAUUCCUGUGGUCCUUACAGAAAUUACAACUAAAUACAGAAAACACAACCAAAUACAGAAAACACAACUCAUUUUAAAAAAACACAAUCCAAUAUAAAAAUAUCAAACAAAUAAAGACAAAAUAACCAAAUACAGAAAACACAACUCAUUUAAAAAAAACACAAUCCAAUAUAAAAAUAUCAAACAAAUAAAGACAAAAUAACCAAAUACAGAAACUGAACCAAAUACAGAAAACAAAGCCAAAUACAGACAACACAACCAAAAUAAAUAAAAACACCACCAAAAACAUAAAAUCAUAACCAAAUACAAAGAACCCGAUCAAAUACAGGCAAAACAAUGAAAUACAGAAAAUACAACUAAAUACCAUAGACUUUAUAAAUAAUGGACGUAGUGACCGUGACGUCACCCAUUGGUUUGUGGACUGCCCAUUUGAGGCAUCGAGUUCACAGUUACACUCGUCGUCAUCUUGCAUCACCAUCUUGUUUCUGAUACGGAGAGCAGACCAUAUUUGGACUGUGGAGGAGCGAGAGGGAUCUGAUCACUGACUACAGCCUCUCUACACCUCAACCUGACUGAGAGAAGUCAGUGCUAAUUCAUGUUAGCAUUAUCUGGGAUGUUAGUUUUGGCAAAAAACAAAACAAAAUGUACAUUACUUACCUCAGAAAACUAAACAGCGACUCCUUGGGGUGUCUGUUAGUCCAACCAAACACUGAACAAGACAUUUUUAAUGAACAAAACGUCAUUAAGUGAAAAUACAGUGUGAAAGGAUCAAAGUUAUGAGAAUCAAAGGUAGCUAUGCCCCAAAUCAUACAAUUCUUUAUCUUCUGUUUUCUUUUAAAUGGGGCCAUUAUUUAAACUAUUAACAUCAAAUUGUCUUGAAGAAGAUUUUUAACAGGAGAUUGAGACCAUAGUGUUGUCCUAAACAAAAAUUCUGAGGUAAUAAAUCAAGUGAGAAGUUUUCUCAUUUUGUAUUGAAAUGAAUGGACGUUAAUGCUUUUGCAGCCGCCGUCAGCGUCCCCUGUUGGAAUUUUCAGUAGAAGGCAACUUCAGCACAUUUCUCCAUAAUUUGAAUUGAUCACUGUAUGACUUACCUUAAAGGCUAGCAAAGUAAAUGACAGUCUAGUAAAUGUUGAUUUCCCAACAUUUUAAUUGUAAUGCUUUUAUUAUGCCUUGAACGGCUAACAACUAUCAAUGAUAAUGAAAACAUUUUUUUCUGGGAUGGUUUGCAUUCACUUUGAGAAAAUUGGCAGCUGGUUCACUGUUCAUCAGGAAUUAGUCACCGCAAUCUAGCAGUCUAACAUUACUGCACCUGCAGCCUUUCUGUGUCCUUCGGAGAGAGCCCCUCCCACUCUGCUUUGCAAGUGUUCGCAACUCACAGUCACGUCUCCUGCCUGAGCCUCUCCUACUCCACUGUCAUCCUGCUGGAGCGGGGACAAGUGCCCUGUUUGUCCCCCCUGUUGGCGGGCCUGUUCAUCUUUCUGAGAUCAGUUUUAGUUCUCACCAUGUGAGAAUAGGCGUGUCUCCAUUAGGUACUUUUCCCUCCAGUGAGCAGCUACUCAACUCGGGUAGGUACUUUUCUGAGCCGCUAAUGAGCCGCCACUAACCAGUCAAUGCUGAUUGGAUACGGUUGAGGUGGCGAUUUCGUGCAGGGGUGAUUCAUUUGCAGACUGAUGCAAACUGGACGCAGCAAACUCAGAAUAUAUACAGAAUGGUGCAAAGUCACUAAGUUGGCAAUACUGCUUGCCGCGUCUGUCUGUUGUCACAUUAACUAAGUUGAUUAGCUGGUACAAAAAUACCUGUAUGGGAACAGAGGACUAGGGGAACUAACUAGUGGGCGGAGCCAAAACACUCAGCCGCUUUACAAAAAGUACUCAGAAAGUACUGAGUGGAAACACCCCUAAUAUAUCUCCCUAUAGACUGUCCCCUCAGCAGUUUGUCACCAGCAAAAGUUACAACAUGCCGCUAGCCAAAAUCUGUCCUUUCGUCAUCAUCAUCAUCAUCAUCAUCAUCAUCAUCAUCAUGACGGACACAGCCAGCAAACCAAUCAUAAUAUUUAUCUUAUUUUAAAAUGAAAUAGCUCUUUCAUUUAUUUCAUUCAAUAACAAAAGACAUAAAACACCACUGACGGAUAGCCGACUUCAAUAACCAGCAUGUCAUGUGAAAACACUUUCUGUUGCUG